AUGGUGUCCUUUCGCGAAAGUCUCAGAUCGCUCUUCUACUUCUCAAGAGUGUGUGGUUUGGCACCCAUUUCCAUUAACUUUAAAGACAUCACUGAGAUUUCCACCUCAAAAUUUGGCACAAUUUACUCGGUUCUCGUGGGAAUCGCUUAUGGUAGCUUUCACGUGAUAUCCUCGCUGUUCAACCUGAACGAGCAAGACGACAGCAACAUCAUCACGUCUGUGAUUAACUACUACAAUCGCUACUCACGCCUUGCUCUCUUCUGGAUUUGCAUACUGAAUGCAAUUGUGAAUCAGAGGAGAAUCGUUCGCGCCAUCAGAUUAAUUGAGAACGUGGAUAAACUCUUCGCCAGUGAAUUGAAUUGUCGCACAAACAAUGUUAAAUUUUCUCGAGUAGUUCUUCUCGAGAUUGUCAUAUACUUGAUUGCAACUGGAGCUCUGGAGUGGAAUAACUGCUUAAUGUACAUUUCUGGAAUUGGCGUGUAUAACAACUAUUGCAUGACGAUGUGCCUGAUUCCGCUGAUCGUUGCAAAUGCCGAUCAGAUUUUCUUCAUAAAUCUCGUGUACUUGGUGAAGGAGAGACUGGCCAUCAUCACAAAGUAUCUUCAACAGGGGACACAUUUGAAGAAAGUGCCCAAAAUUGCGGAGGCACACAAAAUCAAGGGACAUGUUCUGAAAACUGUAAAUAUGCUUUAUCAUUUCGAGCACGAAGCGGAGAGUAUAAAAGUGAAGAUGGUGCAGAGUAGAAAUGCAAAAGGGUAUAUCAAGACGCUUUCGCUGGGAUAUUCUCGACUCUACGAGGCGACCAUCCUGCUGAAUGAUGCUUAUGGCAUUCCCAAUGUGUGCACGGUCUUCAUUAGAUUCGUUGCUCUAACAACCCUUGCGUACUCGUCUUGCAUACGAUUGCUCAAUUUGAAAAAUUUAGAUGACACCGACAACUUAAUGGGACAUGACGAACGCCGAGCGACUAAAGUGCCGGGAAUUGUUGGGUGGAUACUCCUUAAUUUCAUCGAAAUGGUAAUUUUCUGCUUCGUGUGUCACCAAGUCAAGGAAGAGGGACAAUACGUUGGAGCCCACUUGCAGUGUUUCAGAGUGGAAAAUACUCACUCCGACGAAGUGGACACAAUGAUUGAUGCCUUUUCCCGCCAAAUUCAUCACCAGCGAGUGGAAAUUCGACCUUGCGGCUUCUUUAUCGUUGACCUGACUUUGAUUUUCUCGCUGAUUGCCACUGUUACAACGUACAUCAUGAUCCUCAUACAAUUCGACAUUUCGCAGAUGCCAAGACAUCAAGUGCAGUGAAGAA